UGGUGUGUGUGAAAAAGAUCUAUCAGACAAGAAUGAUUUGGAAGACUCUGAAGACUACCCAAAGAUACCCAAAGCCCAGCAAUACCAACAGGUAAAAGAGGAAACUGAUGCUAAAGUAACUAACCAAUUACAGAGUAAGAUAAAGGAUUAGUCCUCAGCUCAUCUGCAAAUGGGAUCAGUGCUGAUUAGUGGGGUUUAGGAUGACGUAGAGGAACUUGAUUCUACAAUCACACAGCUCCUCAGCCGGCCACCCCCUUUUGCAGGGAAGGGAACCAUCAGCAAAAGCCACGUAGCCCUCAAGCUGAUCCAUUUGGGUGGAUUUAUGUGAAAUUCCAGAGGAAGAGGCCUCUGGUUGUCAACAGUAUGGACUCUCUUAAAUUGUGGGUGGUCAGAAUGGGUUUCAAGAGGGGAAUCCUUGCUACAGCACGUUCUGCAGCCAUACUUGAUGACGGAUUACUAAACUAAGCUUCUGGACUACAACGUUUCUGUUCAAGGUCUUCAAGAAUUUCAACAAGGAAGAGAAAACGCAUCAAAUCAUACAAUAAAGGGCAAGCAUACUGAAUAAGAAUUCCUGUGAAUUUCUCCUUGUGACUCAUUAGACAACAAGAACAAAAACAUGGCUUUGAUGCCCAUGAAAUUUGACUUGGCCAAACGGGUCAAGCUGGCCCAAGGUCUGUGGCUCCUGUACUGGCUCUCUGUCAUGGCUGGUAUCCUCAUCUUUAGCAUGGGGAUCUUCUUCAAGAUCGAGCUGCGCAAGAGAAGCGAGAUGAUGGAUAACAAUGAGAGCCAUUUUGUGCCCAACCUGCUCAUUCUGGUAGGACUUGUGGCCUGUGGCGUCAACGCUUUUGGGGGCAAAGUGUGCCAUGACUCCCUUGACACAGUCAAGUUCACCAAGUGGAAAACUAUGCUGAAGCCCUACAUGAUUGGAUGUGUGGCGUUCUGUGUCGCCCUCUUUAUCACGGCUCUGCUGUGUUUCUUGAUGCAGAUCUCUCUGCACUUCGCCCUGGCUGAAGGCCUGAAGAAUGGAAUGAAGUACUACAAAGACACAGACACUCCAGGACGAUGCUUCAUGAAGAGAACACUGGAUAUGACCCAGAUUGAGUUCCGCUGCUGCGGCAACAACAACUACAAGGAUUGGUUCGAGAUCCAGUGGAUUAGCAACCGCUACCUGGACUUCAGCAAUGAUGAGGUUAAAGACCGUGUCCAGAGCAACGUGGAAGGCAAAUACUUGAUGGAAAGCGUUCCCUUCAGCUGCUGCAACCCUGGCUCCCCUCGCCCCUGCAUCCAACAUCACCUGACCAACAACUCCGCUCACUACAGCUAUGACCACCACACCGAGGACCUCAACAUCUGGACCAGAGGUUGCCGUGAGGCCCUGGUGUCCUACUAUGGGGGCAUGAUGAACAGUUUUGGUGCUUUUGUGCUGCUGUUCAUUAUUAUGCAGGCUGUGGUGACUGUCGGCUUGCAGUACUUGACUACUUCACUGGAAACCCUGGCAGACCCAGAGAAUCCUGAGAGUGAAAGUGAGGGAUGGCUGCUGGAAAAGAGCGUAAAGGAGACACUUUCUAGCAUCAUGACGAAGAUCAAGUCCCUGUUUAAAGGCAACCAGGUACAGGAGGGAGAUGCAGAAGCAGCUCCCACAUAAAGCUGAGAGAGUCACGCCCCCUCCUGCCCCAUCAUGUCUGUGGCCACUCCCAACUUUGGGAGAAGGAAUGCAUGAAUGGUUGAUUAAAAUGUUCUCUCUUAAAAAUAUAGGUGUAUGUGCAAACAUAUAAGAUCAAUACACCUAUAAUUUAAUGAGAUUCCAACUGAAAUGUGAAUGUACACACUACAAUGUAAAUACAAAUGAAAUAUAAACUAACAAGUUUAUUUUUUAAUAUUUUAAGAAUUAAAUAUAUCUGUAAAUGUCCUUAUAUUACAUCUAACCAGAUCUGACAUUCCAAACAAAAAAGCCUCACCGUUCACAUCCGUCUGUAGUCGUACCCUUAUAUUUCCAGUUUAUAUAUUGGUUGAGCGGAUGUUUAACCCGACAGCCUCACACAUGCAAUAGCAUAUAUUUCGCCAUAUAAUAUAGAUUUCACCAUAAAGCCAUUGUGCGCUAAUAAAUCAGAAAUUACUUCUCUUGAAGGGGUCACAUGGCAGCUUUUAUCUGGCAGCUGAAGAAAAUGUGUUUUUGUAAGCGUUCAGUCACCUCCCAGAACUUAAAGGGAUGAAAACAGUGGCAUUUUUACACAACGCUGCCUUUAACGGGCCUUAGGUUGUCUGACGAUUAUCAAAAGCAUGUUGAUGGUGAUCUACUGGAGAGCAGAACUCUGUAACAAUGGGGAAAAUUUUCUGUAACAACAAUAUUGAACUCAACACGUUCGCCAUUAAUGUGUGUAGUUCUCGGGUUAAAUAUCUGCCUCACUAGUUGAAGAGAUGUGAAAACAGGCUUUCUGUCUCAACUUGCACCAUUUCAGCACUCUGUUGAGCAUACAGUUGUGGGACAGUUACAGAAGUUGUCAAGAGUACCAACUUGUAAAAGAUUCUAGUAAAUUGUGUGUGAUUUGUUAAUUAAAAGUCAGACAACCCAA